UGGAGUUGGUGUUGUUUGAUAUCUUGCUUGGCCUCCUCCCCUCUUAGGCAAAAUUCCCCCUUUUUAAAAUUAUUUUAUUUUUAAUUUAUAUUAUUUAAUAGUUCUAGUGCAGUUUGUCAUCUUGAGGACAGUCUGGGCUGAAAGACUUGCCCACGGUUUCUGAAAUUAUUUUCAGUGUAGCUAAAUAUCUGAUCCAGUCUUUAUACUUAGAAUAAUAUGGUAUGUGGGUUUAAAACUACCUGCCUUUUCCCAAUGGAAAAGCUUUUUUUCUGGUUGGUUACUAGCAAAUGUCCUAUGUACUCUGCAAUAAGCCUGUUGCUGUCCAAAUAGAUGAGAAAACCCAAAAGAUUUAUUUCCCCCGGAGGUUCAUGUUCUUAGGCAGAAAACAGACUUGUGUUUUCCAAGACUUUAGGAGGACAAGAGGUCCUACCCUCUUAGUCUAAUCUGUUUUAUCUGCUGUGAGACACUAUGUAUAUUUAUAUACCGAGCAACUGCAGGACAUCAGUUUCCAUUCUUAUCAAACACAAAUAUUUACCUGAUCCAAGGUCUGCUGAGAUCCAUGGCACUUUAAAAAAUGCAGCUUAACUAGAGAAAUCUCCUAGUUUUUUCCCAGUUUAAUUUUAGUUGGGUUUCAGGGUAUUUUCUUAGCAACUAAACAUUUUUUUUUAAAUAAAGCAACAAACUGACACAUUAUUGCUUUGCUUUACUCACCACCUCAGCUGUGCAGACUCCCUACUACGCUUUCUCACCUGCAAUUCCUGUCAAUGAGGAAAAUGGGAAUUGUUUUGACAUUAAUUGUCAGUGAGGAAUUGAAACACAGAAAUCAAUUAGCAAUUAAUAUGAUUUAAAUUUAAUGGAGACAAUCCAUAUAGAAACAUCACAUGUGGUAUGACACAGCAAUUGAUGGAUUUCUGUUUAUCUCUGUGAGCAUCUCCAAGGGCAGCGUGGUAUUUCAUGUAAGAGGGGGCAAGAAGAGAGGUGGUGCAGGGAUCCAGAUAAAGGAAUUCAGUUGGUUUCAGUCAUCAGAGGGCUUCCAGUGCAAACUGAAGCAUGACCGAGGCCCACAGAAGAUCUCAGAGAUCCAUGAGAGAGAUCUGGAAAUUAAAAGCAAGGGGUAAAAUCCAAGUGUUUUCUCGGCAAGAAUCCUGUGGCAGAAUGGAGCAAAGGAAAUAAGGAAGGAAAAGAAGGAUCUCUAAUCCCAAAAAGAUGGACUAGGUCAGUCUUACCAGCAGAAGACAUGGAGUACCACUCUAGUAGCCUCAAGUGCACCUGAAUGCUCAAACUGUCUGUGCCACCAUGUCCCAGCCCCUCUCUCCCACAGAGGAGCAACAGAAAGAAAUGAAAUAACUGCAGUUGAGGAGGGCAAGGAGUUCAGGACGGCUCUAAUCUCCUGAACUUGCUGGUGGGGGGAUGAGCAACUGCUUGUUUCGGGCCCUGGGUGACCAGCUUGAGGGGCACUCCAGGAACCACCUGAGGCAUCGGCAGGAAACGGUGGAUUACAUGGUGAAGCAGAGGGAGGACUUUGAGCCAUUUGUGGAGGAUGAUGUGCCCUUUGAGAAACACGUUACCAAUUUGGCCAAGCCUGGGACCUUUGCUGGCAACGAUGCUAUUGUGGCCUUUGCAAGGAACAAUCAAAUCAAUGUGGUUAUUCAUCAGCUCUAUGCUCCACUGUGGCAGAUCCGGGGCACAGACAAGAGCAAUGUGAGGGAGCUGCACAUUGCUUAUCGUUACGGGGAGCACUAUGACAGCGUGAGGAAGAUCAACGAUGACUCAGAAGCUCCGGCAUAUCUUCAGAUGGAGAUGCUUUGCAAAAACAAUGCAAAUAAGACAGAGGAAGUGAAGCCACAGAAGGGUGACUCUGAGGAUGAGAUUGAAGCGGAAAUGGAAAAUGCUGUACAAAAAGUGUGCAAUGCAACAGGGUGUUCAGACAUGGAUUUAAUAAGCCACGUCCUGGAAGCGGAGGAUUACAACAUAGAAUCUGCAAUAUUUGCGAUCUUACAAGUGAAGGAAGGAGAAGGAACAAGUACCGAGGAGCAGCAGAAACCCCAGAGCAGGGAUCAGAAAUCCUGCAGCAAAACAUUGUGGGAGGAGAAUGGAAGCGGUUCAAGAAUCUUUGGAAAUCAGAGCUUGCAUCAAAGUGAAACAGGAAACAACAAAGGACAGGCUGGAUCCAGUGGAGAGAACCAAGCCAGCAGGAACCCACAGGUAGCUAAAAAACAGAAGAAGGAGCAGCAGAGGCUGGAGAAGAAGAAGCGGCAGGAGGAGAGGCACCGGCAGAAGGUCUUGGCCAUGAAGAACAACUGUGCAGAUGACAGGACAGAGACAGACCCCACCAACCACAUCACCUUGGUGAAGACCAUGGCAACCCUAAACAUAUGACUGUGUGCUGAGUACUCUGGGGAGAAAAGCAAAUAAAACUGAUGAAGACAAAACUCCCCCUGA